GUUUCAAUACAAGUUAAAUUCGAUCAACAGCAUUUGUGGCAUAAUGUUGAAUACCACAAAAACUCAUUUUGACCCUCUUCUCCUUAAUUAAAAUAGGCUGUUAUAUUAAGGCACUUACAAUGGAAGUGAAUGCGGCCAGUCUAUAAACGCUAAAAUACAUACGUUUACAAAAGUAUAGCCACAAGAUAUAAACAAUAUGUGUGUUAACAUAAUUUAAUGUGAUAAAAUUGCGUACUAACCUUCUCCGUGUAAAGUUACAGUCAAUACAGGCAAAGAAGUUGUAAUAUUGGAUUUAACUUUAAACACAAGGUUAGUAAAUGUUUUUUUUACACUAAAGUCAUGUUAAUGGGUAUAAUGUAUAAUGGCUAUAUUUUUGUAACAGUAUGUAUUUUAGCUUUUAUAGACUGGCCCCAUUCACUUCCAUUAUAAGUGCCUUUCUGUUACUGCUUUUCUUUUAAUAACCAAGGGGCGAGUCGAAAUUAGCUUUGUAGUAAUCAACAUUAUUCCACAAAUGCUGCUAAUUGAUCUUAACUUGUUUUGAACCCAGAACGUUCCUUAAACUAACGUAGUUAAGUGACUUUAAGUUAAAAUGUAUAUGUGUGCAAUGUAAAGGAUAUGAAAUGCAUUCAGAGUCAUGUUCAUUUGAAUAGAACUGUGUGUAGCUGUUUGAAAUAUGGAAAUCUUUGGAAUCGGAGAGCAUCACAUGCUGUGUUGAGACACACGUGUGCGCUGCUCCCAUAUCAGAAACUCCCUAUCAGAGUUAUUCAGGGCAGCAGUGCUAAGAAUAGUCCUGCACUGUUUAUGAACAUCGCAGUCUUUUUAACUCACUCUGCACGGGGAAAAUUCUGAAUUGGCAUCAGAAUGGUCCUCCUAUAAGGUGAAAAUCCCUUUUCUCAUUGAUUUGUUGCAUUUCAAUCAUGAUUUGCAUAGAAAAGUGUCUUUCUCGGUUCUGUCUGUGCAGGUGUCCGGGUGUUGUCCCGGCUGGGGUGAUCUGGUGUUUGUGCUUGUGUUUGUCUGAAGUAACCCUGCCCACUGGGGCGUAAAAACAGGAAGGACCUUUGGGGUUUCAGAGCCAAUCUUCCAUUACGUGUAGUACGACAGAAUGAGGGGGUCUAGAGGGGGAUUUCAUCAUGUUCUCAACAUGUGCACUUGGGAAAAUGAAGGCACUGUUUUGCCAUGUUUUGGAAAGGUCAUUGUAGUUUGUUGCAUAAUCUUAUACUGUGUCACAACAAUGGAUAUGUUGUUUUCAGUUGUUUUAUUCUUGUUGGAAAGUACUUUAAGGCUGUAAUGAAAACUAUGGCAAAAAUCGAACACUGAAAACCAAAAUAAGUUGGAUUUACUCAAUUGAAUUGAGUAAUGGCAUCUCCAAAACGUGUGUAAUUAAGUUCACUUACAGAAUUAACUUCACUAUAAGUUAAGGGAACUAGAUGCAAGUAGACAAAACUCAUAUUUUCUAUUUAAAUCUUGUUGUUUCUACUUAAUUAUUUUAAUUGAAUUGACUCAAAUUUAGAUCAUACAAUAACACAGCUCAAAUAAAGGUGAUUAAGGGUACGUUUACACGACAACGAUGUAAUAAAAACGGAAAAGUUUUCCUUUGCGUUUUUGAAAAGUUUCCACGUACAGACGACAACGUUGUCAAAAUGAUCCCCGUUCACACGAAUCCGCGAAAACGACUAAAAACGCUGUAUUAUGCAUGCCAGGCCAGUAGUUGGUGAUGUCACUUUGUAAAGAAACACUACGCGCCUGCGUACAUAAGCAUUUAUUUUUAUUUUUAUUAUUGCUUUAAUCAAUAUAACGACAGUCAAACCAACUGAAAGCUUAAGAAAUAAACUAAAAGAAAAAAAAAGUUAUAUAAUAUACAGAAUUCAAAAGGCUAUAAAUUAUACAAUAUACAUUGCAUAUAAUAUUAAGAUUCAAAAGGGAAUAUUCAAGGCUUUAUAAAAGUUAAUUUUCUUUAGCGCUUUACUGUUUUUUACUCCUGUUAACAUAUUAAAGUUAUACUUUUACUUCUAUUUUGAAGUGUGUGAAGUUUGGUUUCUGUGACGGCCAUUUACAUUUAUGAAUUAUUUUUUUCCAUAAAUCAACAAUAAUUUAUAAUAUACCAUGCUUUAUGUUCAAUUUUACUAUCAAAAUAAAAUAAAACAUCCUCUUUCCUUAAAUGCAUAUCAGUACCCGUAUUCAUCUUAAUAAAAUAUUCUAAAUCACACCAGAACAUUUUUGUAUAGAUACAGUCAAAAAAGAGGUGUACAAUGCUUUCAAUUUCAAUGUUACAAAAGCACAUUUUAAAUCAAUAUCUUUUCUAAAUCUUGCAAUAAAUUGUUUAACAGGGUAAAUCCUGUGAAUAAUCUUAAACGAGACCUCACGAAUCUUAUUGGUCACACAAUAUCAUCUUGUAAUUUUAAAGGUUUCGUCCCAGUUAAUAUUUUGAAAUUGUGCACUACAAAAACAUUUGGCUGAUGGAGCUGCACAAUUUUGAUAGAUUUUCCUAAGAUAGUUGUUAUUAUUUUUUUUAUCUAUAAUACUUAUACCUUCCAACUUAACAGUAAAGUCAAUAUUUCGUCUUGAAACAAUGUUAUAUUUUAAUAAUUCAAUAAGUUCAAAAGGUAUAGUAUCAAUCACAGUCAUAAAUUCCUUAAAAGAUACUGGGAAGGAAUAUUUUCCAGCGAAUUCAGAGUGUGUAAGUAAAUUACCAUUGCUGUUAAAUAGUUGUGACACCAAUAAAAUAUCUUUUUUAAACCAACUGUCAAAAAAAUAAAAUAAAAAAUAAAGAUUUAUUUCUGUGCUUAAUGUAAUUAUUGUUCCAAAUUAUACAUCACAUAAGCAUUCUUCUACAGAGUGGUGAAUACAAACAAUGAAGAUGGCGAAAGCAUCGAGCAAUUUUGUCUGGAUGGACGAUGAGGUUGCUUUAUUUCUACAAUUACUUUGCUGGAGACAAAAGAGGCAUCGUUUUCAAAAACAUGCACUUUGAAACCCGUUUUCAAAAGUUUGCAUUUUCAGGCCCCAAAACGGCGUUGUCGUGAAAACAAACAGCCAAAAAGCAUAAAAAGUUUUCCGUUUUUAGUUGAAAACUUUGUCGUGUAAACAGCCCCUAAAACUGAUUCUAGGUGAAUAAUAAAAUAAACGUAUUUCUCCACAGAAAUGCAUUGACAUCUGUACUUCAGUUGCGCAUGCACAAGGAGAACCGAGAUAGUGUUAACAGGCUUCAACUUGACCAAAGGGGACACAGAUCACCCUAAUGGUGACAUCACAGGGAACAACUACAAUAUUUGCAAUAAAUCAACAUAAAUAAUACUACAAAAGAGUUAAAGCAUCUAUUAAUCCUUAAUAACAACUAUUUAUGUACCUCCAUAAGUUCAGGGAUGGGAAGUAUUUCAGAUACAUGUACUUUGUAUUUUAAAAUCAAAUGUAAUACAUAAAAUACUUUGUGCCAGUCAACCUCUUUAUUAGGCUGUUGAUUUCCUGUAUCAACAAGUUCAGGCAUGCCCCCAACUUUCAUGCAUGUGAGCUGCAGAUGUCAGAGAGAACGGCUCCAUCUAGCAUUGGGCGAGCAAAUUUUCUGCAUUCCUGCAAGGAAAUAUGGAGUAAGAUAAGUUUGAGACGACCCUCACAUCAAUCACAGACCUCAGAAAGACAGUGAGAUGGAGCUGGCAGAUUGCCUUCAGAAACACUCUGCUCAGGUCAUGAAAACUUGGAUGUGGUGCCCAGAAAUAAAUGUACAUAGAGAUGGAGACCAUUAUUAAACAACUUGUCUGAAAUGUGGUCUUGAACACAUGGGAAAGAUUAUUCCAACUGUUUCUGAAGAUUAUGCUGUUGGACUGACUGCUGUCCAAUGUAGCAACGCUACUUAGAAAAGUAACCCUCUUAUCAUGGAGGCUGCAAAAACCUCAUGUGAAGAAGAGUGCUCUGAGCAGAUAAUCAUUUUCAAAGAUGACAAAAAACACUUGCCAUCUGAGAUGACCCAAAUAGGCCAAUCUUCAAGCUCCGAAGGCAAAAUAAGACUUGCAGAGCAACCUCAGACAGGGUCUGUAAGUCCAUCUUCCGGUAUGGAGUCAAAGGCCUUUGCUUCGGGAAAUUCUCUUACCUCAAAAUCUAGAGAAGAGUGUCACAUCCACCUCAGGAAGAAGACAUUUCCUCCCCCAAACAAGCGAUGUCUUCAUUCGGAAUGUGAUUUUCUGAUGUCCGAGGGUCAGCACAAAAAGGAGCAGAAAUCUGUUAAGACUGGAAAGUAUGUAUGCCAGUAUUGUGGGAGAGCUUGUGCCAAACCUAGCGUACUGAAGAAGCACAUCCGUUCUCAUACUGGCGAACGACCCUAUCCGUGUAUUCCUUGCGGUUUCUCUUUUAAAACUAAGAGCAACUUGUACAAACACAGAAAAUCUCACACUCAUGCAGUCAAAGCAGGGUUGAUGUUAUUUUCAGGACAAGACAGCAAUCAUAUGGGUUUGGAGGAGUUGACAGUUGUGGAGGGUGAGAUGCAUUCUGAUGUAGAGCAGAGCACAGACACAGAUGAUGAGGUUGUGGAAGACUUGGCCUUGGAUGCAACAAGCCAUAUCAAAGACACAGAGGGUUUCAUACAAGCAAAGGGGGGAAAAUUGACAAAGAAAGAAGCCGUGAUGCUCUCCACUCAGAGUUCACUAAAAAUGCAAACUGCAUCAUCAGGAAAAGUUUCUUUAUGGCAAUUUCAGGAAAUGAUGGCACCUGCCGCAAUUGCUCAGGUUGACCAAAUGGUUGAGUUCUCCACCAUCAAGCAAAGACUGGCACUUAGACUUUCGGAGAAGAAAAAUCAAGACUCAGAACAGUCUCUUUCUCUUCCCAGCUCAUACAGUAAAGGGAGCACUGAUUCUGGCUAUUUCUCACGUUCUGAGAGUGCUGAGCAACAGUUCAACCAGUCAAGUGAAAGCGCAAAGUCGUAUCAAGAAAUUAUGUUUGGGAAAUGUUACAGACCAACUACCAGGCCAAAGAAAUCAAUCACUGUACAGACCUGUAUGACAGACAAAAAUGAGGCAACAUCAAGUUGCAUGAUUAAACUAAACAAAAGCAUGACGCCUGGUGACACAGUAUCCUCUAUACAUAGAAGCAAAAAAGACCUAGUCCGAUCAAUAAAAAUUGAUUCUUUCGAAGAGGAAGAUUAUCAAGAAUGUCAAAUCCCUGCUAGCACUGAUCUACUGGAAACGGCAUCAGAGAGUAGCAUGUUCUUGCGCAGUAACUCGCUUCCAACCUCAACUAAUUUAAAUCUGGAUGCACCACUAGGGUUAAGAAGCAGUAAUUCGUUUGAUGAGAGAAUGCCAGGUGCUGAUGUGACCUACCGGGGCCUGGUGGGAAUGAGAAGACUCAUGCGGCAAGCUGCGUUUGAGCACUCCACUAAUGAAGGACAUGCAGAAUCAGACUGCUACAUGCAUCUAGCUUGUAACUUAAAAUCAGAGUUGAAAAUUCACAGCGUAGAUGAUUCUAAAAUGGGUGUGGAGAACUACCAAGAAACUGAGUCAUGUUCGAUUUCCCAAAGCCAAUUGUCAGAAACUUCAAGGAAACGUAGAAAAGACAAGCAGGUCAUGGAGGAGGAAGAUUUUCAUAUCCAAGAUAAGCCCUCAGACUUAUCUGAGACAAAAGAAACUAUCUUAGAUACUGCCUUCUGUGACACUGAGAGAAGAGCUGGGAGCAAUGUAAUCUCUGUAAUUCAGCACACAAAUUCAUUCAAUCAGCUAAACUCCUCAGAAAAACCAACUGACAUUAGAUCACAUCCGUUGGACAAAGUUGGCCUUUACAAAUUCACAAAAAAGGAACAUAGCAUUGAGGGUCAGAGAAAUGACUUAAAUCAUAGCUCGGAAGGAAUAGAAUGGCAAUUGGGAAGCAGCAGUUUAUUGCACCAGAAAUGUCACAUGGCUAAACAGCCAACACCUCAGCCCAGUAUCCAAGUCCCAGAGAUUAGAGUAACUGUGGAGCCUGACAGACCAGAAAAAGUUGUGGAUGUAGGGGUCAGGCAAAGGGAAAAGCAUACUGAAGAGUUCCAGUGGCCACAGAGAAGUGAGACACUGUCACAGUUUCCAAUGGAUAAACUGCCACCCAAAAAGAAACGCUUGCGAUUAGCAGAGAUAGAUUGUUCUUCUAGAGAAUCUAGCUUUGAAUCUGCUUGCACGAGUCUCUCCAGAAGCCCAAGUCAAGAUAGCAAUUUGUCUCACAGUUCAAGCUUUUCCCAGUCCCUUGACAGAGAGGAGACCAUUUAUGUUUCAUCCCAAACCAACCCAGAUGAGUUUAAUAGGCCAUUGGAGUUAUUAUCUGUACCAGGAGGUUCACAGAGUCAUCACAAAGAGAUGAUAUGUUCUGCAUCAGAGCAGUCACCUUAUAACGAACCCUUAGAGUUUCCAGAGUUUCGAAGCAAGUCUUUUGACUAUGGUAGUCUGUCUCCUACAUUUAGCCAGGAAGAAGUAAAAGAGCAUAGAAGGUGCUACUUGGUUAGGCAAGCAUCGUUAAGUGGCGAACCAGAGAUUGUAACACACAGUUCCACAGUUCUAGAUGAAACCAGCAGGAGAACAACCUCACCAAACAAACAAUUUUUACCUAAGGGAUCCAUUGAGAAAAUGAGAUAUUCUUUGAUUUCUAGCAGUCCUUUUCAACAACACAAACAAGUUAGCCAAAUACAAACCUCAUCUCAUAAGCAAUACACUCAGCCCAAUGUUAGCCAUGUUUUGGACCCAGAUAGUAUAAUGCUUUUAAUUAAGAAGGAACAAGAAGAUUCCAAGGCAUCUGAAUCGUAUAUUAGCUUAAGAAACCUCCGGGAAGAUUGUUCGCAGAGCGUAGGCAAUGUUUUGUCCACAAUAGCAGUCCUUUCACAAGCUCAGCAUGCAUUAGCCCAUCAAAACAUGUCCAGUUUUCUAGUUCCUGUCAGAAUUCAAAUGCAAGUGCCAUCCUAUGGACACAUAACAUACACUAGCAUAUCUCAUAUUCUCGAUUCUCAACUACAGAACUCUAUCUCAUGCAUAGAACACAAAACAUUCUCCAGUCAAAGUCUUGCCACAGUCACACCACAAACUAACAUAUCUUGUGAAUCAUCUGAAAUAUUAGGGCACCCAAGACGACUUUUGCGCAGCCCACCAGCAUCACCAGCAAAGCUUAAUACAGGCAUACCUCUUUCAUUAACCUCCAAAACCAUCUCAACUACAGAGGCCCCCAGUGGUGGGGCAAACAAGCGCAUUCUCUCUCCUGCAAGUAGCGUUGAACUCUUCAUCAAGGCAAAGCAGCAAAAACGAGUCAAAGAUGAGAGCAUUUACGGCCAAAUUGUCAAAGAGCUGAGUGCUGUGGAGUUAGGAAAUCUCGAAGAUGACAAAGAAAGUCCCAAGAGUUUCAAAUCAAAAAAUACCCAAGACCAAUGUGAGCCUUCGGAAGAGGUAGAAAUGGAUGAGUCCAACCUAGAGUUACAAUCUUCUGUCAGUAUUCCUCUAGAUACUGCUAUGAUGGAACGCAAACUAAUGGCAGAACACUUGAUGGCCAGUCAUAGCUCCUCUAUAGGUGCUUUACUUUUGUCUCAGCUUUCAGGUCUUCACACCACAACUUGUGUGAGCUGGUGCUAUCUUAACUCCACUAAACCAAAUAGCACCCAAACAGCAGCACAUUUCUCAGAGUAUGCCUCGUGGUUUGUGAGAUGCCAUAACCCCAACCCACCCAAUCUUAGCACUGGGAUGGUUCUUGCUCUUCUCCGAUCAAAACAGGGGAUGCAAAAUUCUAUUUAUACAAUCGCUACUAUGUAUCAACCUGGACUUCUUGUCACCUCCACUCCUUGGAUACUGAAGCAAGAACAAGUAACUCUGGAAUACAGAGAGGAAGAUACAAAACAUGAAGUGAAAUUAAGAGACAUUAGCCAGAGAAGCAAAUAUUUACGAGAGGACAUUGCUUCCUCCAUACGACAACCCGAACCAGCCCGUGUAAAGAUUUUUGAAGGAGGGUAUAAGUCAAAUGAGGACUAUGUGUACGUGAGGGGCCGUGGUCGGGGAAAAUAUAUUUGUGAAGAAUGUGGUAUUCGUUGCAAGAAGCCAAGCAUGCUCAAGAAACACAUACGAACUCACACGGAUGUGAGACCCUACAUCUGCAAGUACUGCAACUUUGCCUUUAAAACUAAAGGUAAUCUCACCAAGCAUAUGAAGUCAAAAGCUCACAUGAAAAAAUGCCUUGAACUUGGAGUAUCACCCACAGCCAUGGAUAAUACAGAGGAUGCAGAUGACAUCCUGAAGUCCUUAGAUAUCAGGCCAAUGGAAACAACCCUCAAACAUCAGUUCUCAGAUGCGGAGGACUCUGAUGAGGAUGGAGAUGAGCCAGACGAUGAGGAAGAUGAUGAAUGCGAUGGUGAUUUUACACCAAAAAUGCUGUCCAGAAGCACAAGUCCUCAGCCCUAUGCAGUCAACAAGCCAUGUCUGUCUAGCUGUCUCAUGAAACACAUGGACACUAGCCGCAAUCUACCUAAGGAACAGCUUGAAGUCUCCUCUUCGAGUAUUGAGGAUGAUCUGACCUUGGAGCAAUCGAGUACCUUUUUUGAGCUCUGCCCACCUCAGCUGCUGUCGCCAUGCUGGGACUUACCUCUUCAGAGGAACAUAUGUCCACGAGGAGACCUGUCACCACAACAUCAUCUGUUGUCAAGCUGUGAUUCAUCUCCUUUGAGGGCUGUUUCUCCGAGGAGAGAUCUGAGUUUCAGAGAGGAUUUCUCACCUAUUUGCCAGCUCUCACCUGUAAGGCUGAUCCCUACUGGGGCCGACCCAUCAGGUCAGCGAGCGCAGUCUCCACUAGGUCAUCAAAAAGGGGUGCUCAGGGCCUUGUCCCCGCUUAGGGGGUCUUACCAGCACAGGGCCCACAUGGAUCAGGGAAGAAGUAUUAGAUAUCAAAGCUCUACCCUUAGACCAAUCAUCGGAAUGCAAUCAGAGACGAAAAUGGAUCGAGAAGGUACUCCUCUGAAUCUGUAUGUUCCUGUUGGCCUAUGCAGCAGCAAAGAUCUGUCCACUACCCUGCAGCCUGACAUCUUCAGUCAUUUGCCUUUGCACUCUCAAGGACAGGUACCAAAACCUGUUCCAAUGAUCCCUAUUGGGGGCUUAAGGAUGCCAUCUCCAUCGACAUCUGGUGCUGCUCAGGAGAGAAAUUUACUCCCAUCACUUCAGCAGGAGAACAUAUCAGAGAUGGCUAGUUCCAGCCAGAUCUCAGCACCUGUGCCAGAUCCUAGAGUGACCUACGAUGGAGACACCGAAACCUCUCGCCCUGGACCUCCUAGCAAAGACGAUAAAAAGGAGGAGAGUGUCUACAUCUGUGCAAAAGCUAUUGCGUCCCUCAGAAUAACAACAGAAGAUGCCACCGAUAAACCUCCUAAAAGUUGAUUUUUAGCGCUGUACAAACACAUUCAAAAGCUGAAAUCAAGCUAAAGCCAGAAUCAUACUCUAUGCAAAUACGCAACUGCAAAUGCUUGGUUAGCUCAUUGCAAAAGUGUGGUUCUGUUGAACGUAAUGUGCGUUCUUGCAUUGCUCGGUGGCAGUAACAAACCUCAGUACUCAAGGGGGUGAUAGAGUUACCUUCAAAUCUCUGUGCCAUUAAAUCAGAUGUGUUGUUUUUCAGGUAACUUACUAGAAACAUAUCGACUUACUAACUUGCACAGCCAUAUUUUCUAUUGCUCCACCAUGACAGUAGUCACGAUGGGAGAAAUGUGCCUCUGGUUGUUCCUUGCAGGGAACUCAGCCUUACAGGCUCCAUAUAGUUAGGAUUAGGGUGGGGGCAGAGUAAGGGCAUCUGCUGCCUCCCAGGAACAAACUGAGGCCCCUUUGCACAAUGAUCUUAAAGAGAAAACUGACCCUCGGAGGAGACAAUUUUACGCUACUGCCUGUUGUAGCGUCCCUUGUGACAAUGCUGAGAAUGCAACAUGUACUUGAAUUCAGGAAUGCAACAGUGCACAAAAUUCAGCUGGCAUAUGGCUCGAAGCAUCUGCGUUUACGUAUUUGCAUGGACUAUGUUUUGGGAGCCUGACCAAGACUCUGGAGUUUUGGUUAAAAAUAAUACACAGAAUAUGCACGGCAUUUCAUAUUUAUGUUCAUUUCAGUUCGCAUGCCAUAUUCUCUGUACCUGCCAUACAAAUCUCAACUAUACAUGGUGUACAAAUUAUACAUGAAGAUGAUAUUUACAACAAUACAUGCAAAAAAUACUAAAUCAAAUAUUUAAUGAAACUAUUUCAAUUGCAGAUCUAAAACUGCUUUUCCAGGAAAAUGUAAACAUUUUCUUCAGGAAGUCAUAUGCAUCAUUAUGUCUCAAGUAUAACUCAAAACAAAACACUGAUCACCAUUUGUACUGAAACUGUCUUCAUUGACUUCUGCUUGUGCCUUUAAGAUGUUUGCAUAUUUCUCAAUGAGAGAAAGUCAUUAGAUGUACCCUGUUUAUGCACUUAUCUUAAAAAUAGUGGUGGUUAUUAAGUUAUUAAGAACUAAUAUGAGGCAUUGUGGUUGCUUUUGAGAUUGCACUUAUUACGAACGUUAAAGUUUGCAUAUUGCAUUAAUCUCUGCUUGAUAUUGGCUUGUAUGCUGUUGUAUAUUCUUAUUGGCACCUUCAUAACUUAACUGCAUUAUACAGUAUGCAUUCAAGAUAAUGAACUGUAAAGUGUGGAUGUAAAUUAUUUAAACAAUCCUUUUGGUUAAACCUUCUCUACCACUUAGUAUUUUUCUAAAUGUAUCAUAUCUCGUUUCCUUCUGUAGUCGUUAGAUUUUUCGGCACUUAAGCAACAAAAUGUCAUUACAAGGCAUUUUAAUAUAGAUCUGCAUUUGACAUCAUAUUAUUAUCUAAAAAGUGUUAAGUAUUAUGAAUUAUAGUGACAAUUUGAAGCACUGUCUAGCGAGUCGAUAGACUGAAUGCAGUGUCAUCAAUAUUGGAGCUAUUUUUAAUCAUUUUAGGUGAUGAUUGUUGAUUGAUUAAUCAUAUGGCACAACAUUCCAGUCACUAUAUGUGCACAUACUGUAUGUGAACAACUAUGUAUGUGUUACACACACAGGUAUACAUGUGUGUAUGUACACACACACACACACACACACACACAAUUGCUAUCAUGUACUGUAAUUACUUUUAAAGAGAGUUUAGUUUUAGUAAAAAAAAAAAAACAUUUAAAAAAAAAAGUUAAUAGUAUAUGUUUUUUUCUUGCCAUCGAGGGGUCUUGAACUUGUCUGACUGUUUGAAUGUACGCAUUUUUAGCUUAUGUCAUUUUAAAUGUCUUUAAGAGGGUAUAAGUGCUAUCUGAUAUUAAACAUAUGCAUAUCAAAUGAAGUAGCAACUGGUAUAACAUCCCCUUUCAGUGUAUGGUAUUUAUAUUAAUAGUCUGAGGAUUAAAAAGUUUAUAUUGAAAGAACUUUCAUGUCAUGUUUACAGUAUUACAUAUUAAAGAUUUUAAGGUACCUAGUUUGAAUUUAUGGCGUUUUAGAAACUACAACAUUGUGUUAUUUAUCUUACAGACAGAUACAUGGUCAUCAAAUAUGAAUUCAUGAUAUUUCUGUUUUUGCCUAUAAAAGCAGCUGAUUUUGUAUUUGUUUUACUCUAAAACAAUGACAUUAAAGUAUAUUAUAUAAACGUGUUGACAAUGUUCUUACCUCAAAAUGAAAUAUUAUUCAUAAAUCAAUAAGUAUUUGAUCCUGACAAAACAGGGUCAACUUUUUAAU